ACCAUAUUCAUGUAUCGGUCACUCUUGGAUACCUCUAUAACAUAUCGUUUGGUCAAGGUGUUGCCUUGGUCAAGUGUCCAUUGAUACGAAGGCAAACAAUCAUUCCAAACAUCAUCAUCUGAAUACGAUACUCUCCUUAUACUCGUAGCUCUUUCACGUACAGUACCAGUUGGAAGUAUACAUUGAUUAUCAUCUACUUUUAAUCUAAAUCAUUAUACCAGGACUAAGGUUAAGGAGAUAAAUCAGCAACAAAGAAGAAGAAGAAGAAGAAGCAAACUGAAGACACCAUCUCAAGAGAACAAUAUAUUUUGGAUAUUAAAAGAGAAGAUAGAGCGACAUGGGAUGUGGAAGCAGUCAAAGUGAAGUCAUUUCCGAAAACUCAAAUGGAACCGCGUACCACCCAGCAAAGAAAGACACGAAGACCAAGGACAAGGAGAAGGCUGAUGAUAAGGAAAGAGCUUCAUCGUCAGACCCCAAAGAGAUCAAGAAAAAACAAAAGUCAACCAAGAAGAAGCAGAAAGAGGUAAAGAAAAUUGAUUUCGAAACCAAAUCAGCUCUUCCGCCCAUAAAAACCAAAAGACCACCACCGCCGCAACGUGAAACUAAAGUAGAUGAAACAACUCAAGAGGAAAAGAACGAAGAAAAGGCGCCUGAACGGACAUCCGAAAAAUAUCCCUCUGGGGAAAUAAAAUCGGAGCCGACAUCGACAGAAACAAAAGCAGAAGCUUCGAAAGAAGUGGCUCCGACGGAUAAAGAUGCAAAGGAGAGUGAAGACAACGAGAAAACAGUACAGUCAUCAGCUGAAGAAACGACUGUAGCAACCAGAGAUACACCAGCUGCUUCUGAAGAGAAAACUGCAGCAACAGAAGAGCCAGUAGUCUCCACAGAGACACCAGUCGUUAAUGAGGAGAAAUCACCAUCCGUUGGUGAAAAACCGGCAUCAGUCAAUGAGAAGCCAGAAGCUGCCGAAGAAAAACCAAAAGCCACUGAUGACAAGAAGGAAGUCAUGGACAAGAAACCAGAAACUACGGAUGUGAAACCAGGCGCUGAAGAGCCGAAAGCAGUCAUUGACGAUAAUCCAUUAUCAGCAGAAGAGAAACCGGGCUCGGAGGCAACUGGGGAAAAAGAGCAAGCUGCAGCCGAGAAGACAGCAACUACAGAGAAGGAAGAAUCUACCGAUGAGACAAAGGCAACGAAUGAAGAGAAACAAAUGGCCACAGAAGAAAAGCCAGCAGCCAAGGAAGAGAAACAAAAUGUUACUGAUGACAAGCCAGAGUUCACCGAAGAGACGCCAUCAUCCAAUGAAGAAAAGUCUCCAGAAGCUGACGAGAAACCAGCAGCUGUGGAUGAAAAACCAGCAACCACCGAUGAUAAACCAGCAGAUGCUGAAGAGACGCAAACGUCAGAUGAACCGACACCUGCUGUCAAAGAUGACGCACCUUCAGGGGUUGAUGAAACGUCACCUGCGGGUGGAGAUGAAACAGAUGGUGCCAAAGAAGCACAUUCCACUACCGAAGAUGCUCCUAGUGCUGGAGGAGAGAUACCAUCCGCUGUUGCAGAUUCAUCAACGAUAGCUGAAGAGAAACUGACAGGCUGUGAUGACAAACCAGUAACCAAUGAAGAAACGCCAGCAUCUGCCGAAGAUGUACCACAAUCUAGCGAAGACAAACCGGAAACCACUGAAAGUACACCUGCUACCACUGAUGAUAAACCAACAACCGAUGGUAAUCCAGAAACUACCGAAGCUAAACAAGAAAAUGCUGAAGCUAAACCAGAAAAUACAGAAGCUAAACCAGAAGCUACUGAAGAAAAAACAGAAACAACUGAAGAUAAACAAGAAACUGCUGAGGCUAAACCAGCAGCCAGUGACGACAAACAAGAAACUAUCGAAGAUAAAGCGGAAACUACCGAAGACAAAUCGGAAAAUACCGAGGACAAGUCAGCAGCUUCUGAUGAUAAACCGGAAACCACCGAAGAAAAAAGAGAAACAACAGAAGACAAACAGGAAACUACCGAGGACAAACCGGAAACCACCGAUGACAAGCCUUCAGCAUCCGAUGAUAAACCAGAAACCAACGAAGAAUCACCAUGCGCCACAGAGGUUUCAAAGCCUGAAGAAAAUCCCGUAACCCAAGACGCAGCUAACACUGAAGAAACAGCUGCUUCUGAAGAUGCCCUCAAGUCAACAGAAACACCUGCAAUCGAGAAUACACCUUCCGCCACAGAAACACCUGCACCCGAAAAUACACCUUCCGCCACAGAAACACCUGCAACCGAGAAUACACCUUCCGCCACAGAAACACCAGCACCCGAAAAUACACCUUCCGCCACGGAAACACCUGCAACCGAGAAUACACCUUCCGCCACAGAAACACCAGCACCCGAAAAUACACCUUCCGCCACAGAAACACCUGCAACCGAGAAUACACCUUCCGCCACAGAAACACCAGCACCCGAAAAUACACCUUCCGCCACAGAAACACCAGCACCCGAAAAUACACCUUCCGCUACAGAAAUAACAACUACAGAGGAAUCAAAACCUUCACCGGACGAGAAGAUGAAGCGAUGCUUGGUGUACUGCGUUCUAUUAAGGGAGGAUGCGCUCCAGCCCUCUCAUUACUUACUUGACAUGCCGAUUAUGAAAGUGAUGACAGGGAUGAAGGCGGAGAUUAUUGAUAUGGACAGAUUAAAGAAAGGAGAAAUACAGAAUCAUUUCAAUAUCCCUGCUUUCCUUGUAAUUUUUCUGAUUAAUACCCUCAAGGAAACAAUACCAUUGCUCUUCAAAGAAACCUCUAACAUGAAAUGCUGA